GAUGUAGCGUGGCUGUCAUCGUUGGCACUGCUCUUGGCCAACUCUCUUUCCAGCACAAAGCUUCCAUUGGUAAGCACGCCUCGGAGCAAAUUAGAAGCUCAAGAUGGGGCGCCGUCCAGCGAGAUGCUACCGCUACUGUAAGAAUAAGCCGUACCCGAAGUCGCGCUUCUGUCGCGGUGUGCCGGACCCGAAGAUCCGCAUCUUCGAUCUGGGCCGCAAGAAGGCGUGCGUGGAGGACUUCCCGCUUUGCGUCCAUCUCGUGUCGGACGAGUACGAGCAGCUGAGCUCGGAGGCGCUCGAGGCAGGCCGUAUCUGCUGCAACAAGUACCUGGUGAAGUUCUGCGGCAAGGAUCAGUUCCACAUCCGCAUGCGUCUCCAUCCGUUCCACGUGAUUCGCAUCAACAAGAUGUUGUCCUGUGCCGGAGCUGAUCGGCUCCAAACAGGAAUGCGUGGUGCGUUCGGCAAGCCGCAGGGUACCGUCGCGCGCGUCCACAUCGGCCAGCCGAUCAUGUCGGUGCGCUCGAGCGACCGCUUCAAGGCGCAGGUAAUCGAGGCGCUGCGCCGUGCCAAGUUCAAGUUCCCCGGCCGCCAGAAGAUCUUCGUCUCGAAGAAGUGGGGCUUCACCAAGUACGAUCGCGACGUGUACCAGAAGCACAACGACGAGGGCCGACUCGUCGCGGACGGAUGUGGCGUACAGUUCCGCAACGAUCACGGACCGCUGGUCAAGUGGGAGCAGCACCAGCGCAAUCGACUCUCCGCGUAAGAAAAAAAACCAAGCCGAAGGUGGUGUCGCCAAGGGGUUGAAUGAAUGAAUGGUGUGUCUCGCCCGGUUCUUGCGUGCUUUUACAUCGCCCGGGCCGGCACAGGAGGAGGUCUUUAUUAAAGUGAACAGAAUGUACCGGAUACUACAGAAUACAUGCUUUUGAUGAUGAUGAA